AUGGCUUCCAAGACACUGCUUAUCGUCUGCUUCAUGCUCCUCGCAGUGAGAUCCGCAUUCGCGCAGCGCGGCCCGCCUCGCGGAGGCCCGCCCGGCGGUCAGGGGCCGCCAGGAGGGGCGCGCGGCGGAGGCCCUGGUGGGCGCGGCAGGCCUGACGGCGGCCCUGGCGGGCAGCCGCGCGGUCCUCCGUUGAACCUUCCGGUCGUCGGCAAUCUGACAGCGGACGUUGGCGCGCAGCUGAAGAAUUGCUCCGCGGACCUGACCUUCGUUGACGGCCGCUUCCACCUCACCGUCUUCAAGAACUCAACGGGCAACUACAACAUCCUCGUCGACGCGCUUCUCGUCGGAGGCGACGCCGCGGCCGGUCCGCCCGACUCGAUCGCGAUCGUGGAGGGCGCCGUGUGCGACUCGGCCGCGUCCGCCGCCGCCGUGAUCUCGCUGCCCUUCGCCGCCUCCGAUUGGCUGCAGCGCGCCGGCUGGUGGCUUCUGCACGCCGAGGCGCGCCUCGACGCGUUCCUUGAGAACGCCGACGCGACCUCCGUCGAGGCGCUCCUCGCGCUCCUUCCCAACGCGUCGCUCCCGCGCAGCAAUGGCGGCGGGCGCGGCGGGCGCAACGGCGGAGGCAGUUCCGGGGGCGCGGGGGGUGCGGGAGGCGCGCGGAACGGGCAGGGCAGCAGGCGCAUGGGGCUGGACGUGGGGAGGGUGGGGAGGAUGCUGAUGCGCGCAAUGGCCCGCGGCCCCGUCAAGCAGGGUUGGCAGCAGCAGGGGGGUAACGUCGUGAACAGCACCGUGAGCGGAUAUGCUGUUCUGGCUGGGAACAGUGGGUCUGGCGUCAUCUGGGGUGGGCAGCUCAUGGGCGUCAAAAUCCCCUCGGCUGCUGCUGCAGCAUGA